AUGUCCAUCUCACCAUAUUCCGUCCAACAUGACUUUGAAGUCCAAGAAUACAAUAAACGUCGCGCCGCGUGGAAGCAGUCCGAGAAGGUUCGCAAACAACAGGAGAAGCUCCUCAGAGACCAGGCCAAGCAGGCCCGAAAAGCCGCAUUGAAGCAGCUGGCCAUGGCGGAGAAAGACACAGCAAAGCCUCGAAAACCCUUUGGGUGGCUGUCUCGGAAAAGUCGUUCAAAGACUGACGUCUUCGUGGCGGAGGACAAACUCGAUGUCGACAGUGACUCGGAUGAAAUCACUCUGCAUGAAGCGCUGGGCGUGUGA